AUGCUGUCUUUUGCUUCUUCUCCCAUAUUCUCCGGUUCUUGGGACCAUCGACCAGUCGUCUCGUCGCCACUCUCCUCUUCACCUGUGCGCGCCCCAUCACCACUUUCACCAAUUGAUCGAAACGCGUUCGCGCAGCGACAGAUCCAGUCUUCUCCUAUCAAGGCUUCAAAAUUCAAGUUCGCUUCGCGUCCAGCGCGGCCGAAUCCCGUUAAUCGAAAGCGAGAGGAAGUACAUGAAGGACGACGCAAGCUGUUUCUCCAGAACGUGCGACAGAGUCGCGAGGACAAGGCCUGGCAACGUAGAGAUAUUGAGGGACAGUUCUUGAAGACAAAUUAUCUUGCCGAUCGGGGUCAGCUAUCCCAUGAUGCUCCUGACAUCACUGAGGCAGAUAUCGAGGAGGCUAUGACUUUUCACCACGAUCAUCCCCCAAUCCCCGAGGAUGACGAGAUGAUGGAUGAGGAAGAUCAGCUCGAGGCUAUGUUCGCAUCUUAUGAAGAACAGCAGACAGCUUUAUUACAAAGACGACCUUCACCUACACUAUCAGACGAAGACUACGACGAUAUCUUUGCUGAGCUUAUUGCACAGGAACAAUCUCAACAGAACACACAAUCCCGUCCACAAGACCAAAUGGACACGUCAGGGGAUAUAGAGAUGCAAUAA